AUAUCAUAGCCGGAUUUUCCCGAUAAAAAUAUUAUCUUGUAGCUUGGGAACACCAUAGUCGAAUUGAUUAUUGACUAGUAUAUGCAUACAGCACACCAACGACGACUUCUCUUCCAUGCUCGCCACCUAACCCCAUAACUACUAAAUCACACUUUCAAACAGCACAAUCUUUGCUCUCUCACUCUCUUUCACUUCAAUUCAAUUCUUCCAUAGCCAAAGAAUCGAGCAACCAUCGUCAAAGAUCAUGAACAUGAAGGAAAUCGGCCUUCUCCUCCUCCUCCUUGUAACGGCCGACGGGGCUCGGUCUCCGUCUCCGGCGAGCGGCGGGUUGCCGGCGGCGGUGGUGAGGGAGGUGUACGGAAACGGGCGGCUGUUCGACAUCACCCACCGGGUGAAACCCGACCUGCCCAAGUUCGGAUCGGCCGGCGGGGUGGGUCAAUUGGUGACGCUGGUGCAGAGCAUGAAGAACGGCUCGACGUGGAACGAAGGGGAGAUCAACCGGAUGGGGACACACACGGGUACCCACGUCGACACGCCGGGACAUUUCUACCAGGAGUACUACGAGGCCGGCUACACCCUCGAGUCCCUUGACCUUGACGUCCUCAACGGUCCAGCCUUGUUGGUUGAUGUUCCCAGGGACAGUAACAUUACUGCUGAAGUUAUGAAGUCAUUGCAAAUCCCAAAAGGAACCAGGCGUGUGUUGUUCAGGACUCUGAAUACCGAUAGGCGUUUGAUGUACAAGAAGGAGUUCGAUUCAAGCUUUGUCGGGUUCAUGGCCGAUGGGGCACAGUGGCUUGUGGACAACACAGACAUCAAACUUGUUGGAGUUGAUUACUUAUCUGCUGCUGCCUUCGUCAACGCCCGCCCAACUCAUCUAGCUUUCCUGAAGAGCAGGGAAAUCAUUCUCGUCGAAGGUAUGAAGCUUGACGACGUUGAAGCUGGACUGUACAACGUUCAUUGCUUGCCUAUGAGGCUGGUUGGAGCCGAGGGAUCGCCAGCAAGAUGCAUUCUCAUCAAAUAAUCAUCUGUGUAAAGUAAUACGUACUGCUGUAAUUUAAAGUAUAUGCAUACUGGUAGUAUUUUAUAGCCACUAUUGCCUAUGACAAUACUACCUAUCCAAAAUCGUCAAUGUUCGUUAUGUGUUCAUCCAUUACGGUAGUAUAUUUGCUCAUUCUCGAUGUUCAGUAUAGUUGGAGAUACAGCUAUUACAAUUCGUAAUAUUAAUCGAAGAUUAGGUUACCAAACAGUAGCAUCAAUGUGGUUUCAUCCUAAGGGAAAACCUCAAUUAGUGACCUAAAACCAAACAAAUGAGUGAUCUUGUAGCGUUGGAAACCAGCUUCUAAGAACAGCCUCUCCCAUUCCUUUUCAGUCCUCUCCUUUCCAUUAAGCAUAAACAUCAUCACCAUGUCAAAAUUCAACUUUGUUUGAACCAAUUCAUGAUCCACCUCCUUCUUCUCAUCCAUCACAAUGUCGAUUAUUAUCACCUUUCCUCCCUCCCCUUUGCUCGAAAUGGCAUCCUUGCAUUUCUUCAGGAUUUUAACACACUCUUCAUCCUUCCAGUCGUGUAAAAUCAUCCUCAGCAACACGGCUCCCGCUGAAGGGACACACUGAAACAUAUCCCCUUCAACAAACUCCAACUUCCCAGAAGAAUUCCUCCCCGACGCCAGGCGACCGAUGACCUGAGGGAGCUCCAGAACCUUACACCGAAUACCGGGGAACGCCGCCACUAUAAUCCGGGCGAAUGUCCCCGUCCCUCCGCCAACAUCAACGAGCGACUCGACUCCUCGAAAAACCGCCCCGCAGCAAUCUCCCACGACCAAGUUCAUCAUCCCUGAAUCCUCAGCCAUGGCGUCGUUGAAGAGGGCGUUGAAUCCCGCGUUUCGAUCCGUGUACUCCCAAAACGGCAUCCCGUAUGCUCUCUCGAAUGCCGACGACGACGCCGUAGCAUCUCCACCUUCUUGCCGGGAUGAGUUGUUGUUGGCACCACCACCUUGGUCUGGCUGGCGAGGAUAAAGAAUAUAACG